AUGAGUGCCUCCGGCGUUUCCGUGAUGGGACGGGAGCGGCUUACACGAUGCUUUGCCUUUUCUCGUUUCCCCCCUCCUCCCGUCGUCUCCAUUGGCGAUCGGGAUGCGUCUGGGGUGGAAGUCAUGGAAGCGGCGCUGGUUCCUCCUCACGCGCUCCUCCCUCAUCUUCUUCAAGCACGAACCAGGUGCACAUCAGGCCGGACAAGAAGCAGCUCUCCCUCGCCUUCCCCUCAUCCUGGUUCUCUUGUUCCACGUGCUCUUAUGUGUGCACCCCUCACGUGCGCUCAUAACCUGCUCCCAUCCCACGAAUGCAACACACAGGGUGCACAUCAAGCCGGACAAGAAGCAGCUCUCCCUUUCCUUCUCCUCAUCCUCAUUCAUUUUCCAUGUGGUCUUGCAUGUAAUCCCCACACGUACCCCCAUCCCAUGUGCGCCACACACAGGGUGCACAUCAAGCCGGACAAGAAGCAGCUCUCCCUCACCUUCCCCGACGGCCAUGCAUUCACCUUCAAGGUCAGUGGGAUUAACAUGCCGUCCCAUCACCCCCUGUCCCUUCACAAUGCCCUAAGCAUAUCCUCGUCAUCCCCCUAUGCCUUCCCUGAUACAUGCUGGACACUGGAGGAUCUGGAGGAGUGGAGGGACGCAUUCGGGGACGCCAUUUCCAAGGCGCCUCCCCUGUCCUGCCCAUCCCCCAACGGACACACUGGAGGACCUGGAGGAGUGGAGAGACGCGCUCGAGGAUGCCAUUUCCAAGGCCCCUCCUCUCCUGCCCGUCACCGUCAUGACCCCUCCGUGCUCCCAAUCUUUCUGCUACCCAUGCAGACGGACACACUGGAGGACCUGGAGGAGUGGAGGGACGCGCUCGAGGAUGCCAUCUCGAAAGCCCCUCCUCCCUCCGUGAUGAUGGGUCUGCCCCGCGACACGCUCUUUAGAGGCGACGGGCUCGACAUAGGGGACAAUGACGGACCCCCAGGCCCAGGCAAGGAGCGGCGCUUGCGAUCCAUGCUGCUGUGCCGCCCCUUCUCCCUCGCCCUAGAGGACGUCAACGGCUCGCCCUCCUUCCUCGAGAAGGCUCUGCAAUUCAUCGAGCUUCACGGGGUGAAGCUGGAGGGCAUCCUGAGAGCAGCGGCGGACGUGGAGCAGGUGGAGAGGCGUUUGAAGGAGUACGAGGAGGGGCACACGGAGUUUGAGGAUGGGGAGAACCCACACGUCGUGGGCGACUGUGUCAAGCUUGUCCUUCGGGAGUUGCCAACAUCCCCUGUACUGCCAUAUGCCUGCACCGCCCUCGACCAAGCUUUCCAGCUGGAGGAGGUGGAGGCGAAGCUAGAGGCGGUGCGCAACGCCAUGCUCAACCUGCCCGAGCCCAACCGCCGCCUGCUGCACCGUGUGCUGCAGACCAUGAUCGCUAUAACCAACAACGAGGCAGUCAAUAGGAUGAACGCGUCCGCCGUCGCAGCCUGCAUGGCGCCGCUGCUUUUUCGCCCUCUUUUCAGCGGGGAACUUCAAACAUCGUCCAAGGGCGAUGACGAUGGGGAGGACGGUGCUGCUGCAGCGGCAGCUCAGAUCAUGGCUCUCACCAUGGCCGCGAACCAGGCGCAGACCAUGACGAUUUACCUCAUGGAGAAUAUCGAUAAAGUGUUUGUGGGCGAGGCGCUAGGGCGUGGGCUUGCAAGGGGCGUUUACAGCGGGGCAGCAUGGGAUGACGAAGACGACGAGGAGGGUGAGCUGGUGGAUGAUGAUGACGUGGACGAGGACAACGAUGACGAGGACAGCGGCGCCCAGGUGGCGGUGCUGGAGGCGUCGCGUCAGGAGCUGCGCGCGUCACUAGCCAAGGAAGUGCGGGCGAACGAGAUGCUGAAGGAGAGCUUGGUGCAGCGGAGGAAGACCCUGCAGGAGCUGAAGAAGGCGCUGCAGAGAGAUGCGGCUCAGCUGCGGGUGGAUCUGCAGGAGCAGAGGGAGCUGUAUGCGCGCAUGCAGACAGGCAUCAAGGGACCCAUGCCCGAGAUAGAGCUUGAACCCGAGCUGAAGGCAGAGAUCAAGGAGAUUGAGUCUUUGGAAAAGUCAGUGGCUCUGCUCCGCACAGAAACAGAGACUCUUCAACGGGAGCUGCUGCACGUGACGCACAAGCAGCAGCAGCUGGAGCAGCAGCAGAAGCAGCAGCAGCUGGCGGGUGUGGCAGCAGGCGGGGGAGUGGGAGUACCUUUGACUGGCGCGAGUGCGGAGCAGCGGCAGCGGAUUGAGGCGCUGCGGUCGCUGCGGGCGCAGCUGAAACAGGAACUGGAUAGGACCAUGGCCAUGUGCCUGGAGGAGCAGCAGAAGAACGCUGAGUUGGAAGAGAGGCGGCGUCAGGACGAUCCAGUGGCGUUGGAGCAAGCAGUGAUGCGACAGAAGGCAGCCGUGCAGCAGGCUCAGGCGGCAUUUGAAGCUGAAAUGGCAAGGGGCAAGGAGUUGAGGCGCAAGCUACAGCUGGCCCAGCAGAGGGCUGCUGCUGCUGCCCUUGCCAGUGCCAACGCCGCUGCGGCCACUGCCAGCACCACAGGCUCGGAAGGCUCCGGUUCGGCCGAACCUGCUGCCCAGGCCGGGCAGCAAGGCUCGGCUGAGGCUGACGCCCGGCCCGCACCUGAUGGGGAGGCUCGUCCUGCAGGUCCGUCUGCCGCAGCUGCAGCAACGGCAGCAGCCGCGGUGGCUGCAGCAGGGGGUGCUGGUGAGCCUCCCUCAGCAGCGGCUGCUGCUGCUGCCUUUGCUGAGCUGACGGCCAGGCUGGAAGAAUUCAAGAGGCAGCGCGCUGUGCUGAUUCAGCGCCUCGCUGCGCUGUCCAAUGAGACGGUGCCAGGUGGCGCACAGGGCAUGGCUGGGCCUGGAGGGCCGCGGGUGUCUCAGUUGUCAAGGGAUAUUCCAAGUCACUAA